AUGCAACCGGCACCUGGCAGAAGUGAAGGAGAAGUGACUCGCGAAGGACUUGGUCGGUUAUGCUCGGCCCCAGCGUCAUGUUUGGAAGCGCUGCUUGAGGACGAAGAAGAGGACCUUUUGAAGCCGAGCCAGUGCCUCACUGACCUUCUUGCCGAUAACUGCGAGGGGCCCAGUUCAAUCGUAACGACAGCAGUGGGGUUUGCUUCGAAUACGACGACGGGUCCAGCUGCAACGUUUCUCAGACAGAACAGCUCUUCGGCCAACUUUGUCGGGAAUUCGAGUGAUGGGUCCGAAUGGUAUUUCUACGGCUUCGGGAUUCCGGCCAGCCUCGACUAUGCCUCGCACUCGAAUUUCAAUAGCGUUUCUUCUUCCUUGGUUAAUAAGCGGGUUAGGGAGGUGGGAGAUUGGUUCCCAUUCCGGCAACUAAAGGGUCUAUUUGAGGCCAACACAGGUCUAUUUGAGGCCAAUACACCUCUCUGGCCCCACAUGAAAUUUCCGACAACCUUUUUGGAGACUUCUGGCGAUGUUUCAUAA